AUGGGUGGCACUUUAGGCGCUGCAGGGGCUUCAAUAGCAUCAGCUGGGUCUAAUGCCUCAUAGAUAACAGGAAGAAAUAACAACUCUUUUAAGGGUAUUUUGGAUAAUUUAGAGAGUCAAAUACUUUAGUUAAGAAGUGAACUUGAGUUCAACAAAAAAGAGGUGUAGUUGCUGGGUUAGGAUAAAGUAUAUGUGGAGCAGAAUGCAGAUCAAAGAACAAAAGAAAUCUAAAAGUAUUUAUCUAUUGAACUUCAAAGACUAGAUGAGGGAAUUCAAAAACACAGUACAAAACAAAAAGCUGAGAAUUCCAGAUUUUAAGCCCAGAUUGGUACUUGUAAAGAAAUCAGAUAAGAUUUAGAUGAACAAAUUUAGACAAUUAAGGCUAGGAUAAUUAAUGUGGAAAAUCAUCUCGGAGUUAAUAAAAAUUAGAAUGGCAGUUUGAUAUCAAAUCAUUAAAAAGGUCAUAGUCCUGCAAGAAGCUAAUAUUCAUAAUAUAAUUGA